AUGCGUGAUGAGCUGGCGAUUGUUAAGGGGCCGGGUACAGAGAGGCUGACCGACGCAGUUGAAGCGUCGGAUGAGUAUGAUCCCUUCCCGGAGUACUUGUACUUGGGUGAAGGGGUGGAGGACGGCCUGUUCGCAUGGAUCCAGAUCGGUAUCAAUGCUUCGGCGGACUACACGGACAACGAGGACUAUAGUAUUGCUGCGUACUAUGAGGAGGAUGGUGGUCAUCAGAACACAGAGAGUUCGGGCUUUGGAGGCCAGGGAGGGUCGAUGAAUGGUACAGCGCUUUCUGGUGCUAUUCCUUCGGGAUCUGCUCCCUCUGCAAGUGCAUAA